AUGCAAGCCUCUCAACCUCCUCCUCCGCCCCAUUUAAAGUAUUUGCGAGACGACGACAUGCCGCAAGAAUUCAAGGACUUGCUCUCCUCUCUCCCUUCAGAAGAAGACUGGGUCACCACCUCUCUCCGCUUGUAUCAGGGCUUCUGGUUCCCGUCUUGGCUGUUGAAUGGCAUCUUCAAUUGCCAAAACCACUUCCAAGCUCACCCCUCUGAUAUCCUCCUCGUCACCAACCCGAAAUCUGGCACCACCUGGCUGAAGGCCAUCCUCUUCGCUCUUUUGAACCGUGCCAAGUACUCCGACUCUGACUCACAACGACGCCACCCUCUCCUAACCCGAAACUCCCACGACCUCGUUCCCUGCUUGGAGUUUAAGCUCUAUCUCGAGCAAGAAAAUCCCGAUCUUGCUGCUAUAGCGUCCCCGAGGCUCUUGGCCACUCACAUGCCUUAUUCCUUGCUUCCGCAGUCAGCGAGGGACUCCAACUGCAAGCUGGUUUACCUAUGUAGGAACCCCAAGGACACAUUCCUCUCAAUGUGGCACUUCACCAACAAGCUGAGGCCAGAAGAGGGGCUUUUUUCCAAACCAGCAAGCAUUACGGUUGGCCUAGAGAUAACCCUCAAGAGCGUUGAACAAGCCGAAGACCUUCUCCUUGCCUUCGUUGAUUUGCUCCUCGGUGAACUGAAUGUUACCAGUGGCGUAGUACUUGCUUCUGUUCUUGCAUAUGGACCCUCCCUCGGGGUUGGCCUCGAUCUUGAUGUCAUACGAGAUCUUCUCGAAUAUGUUCAUCAGGGCGUCGCCCUCGAUCCAGCUGUAGCUGUAUGUGAGUUUGUCCUGGUCCGGAGCGCCAACCCCGUGUUUCGCAUGAAAGUGGACCCGCAUGUUCAUGUGAGGAGGUUGGCUGAUUUCGUGGGGUGUCCAUUUGGUGAAGAAGAAAUGAGAGACGGGACGGUGGAGGGAAUACUGAGGAUGUGUAGCUUCGGCAAUUUGAGCGCACGGGAGGUGAACAAGAGCGGGAAGUUGUCUACCGGACAAGAGAGCAAGUGGUUCUUCGAGAGAGGCGAGGUUGGAGAUUGGGUGAAUUACAUGAGUGCCGAGAUGGGGCGGAGAAUUGACUGUGUCAUGGAAGAGAAGUUGCAUGGUUCCGGUUUGAAGCUUUGA